UCAUGCCAUGAGAAAACGGUUAUGUAGUAGAGCGUUCUUCGCUGCCAGAUCGAGGCCUUUCAAGAUCAGAACAGUGUUGGCCAGCGAUACAGUCAUUAAGAAUCCGACAAACGGCAUCGAACGGAUUUGUGUCGGAACAAUAAGAUUCGCAUAGGUUUUGCUGGGGAAAUUUGUUUUCCGUGUUUGGCGGACGCUGUGCACCCGAUCAACGAGCGAAAUGUGCGGAAGUCCGUGUGGUCAACGUGGUUGAGAGUCUGAUCGUUAUUCCUUCAACACGAUGGCGCGCGUCCGCCCGCGUCCGCACGCCGCACUGUGCGCCGGCGUCGUCCAUCUGAUUGGCCUACUUUGCCUGCCAACUGCACUACAUGCUGCCGCGGAGGCGGUGGAGCGCUUUCGCUUGGAUGACGUUAUUCGAAGAUCUGAUCCUCUGGAUUGCAAGCAUCCCGCGGUGCGCUUCGAGGAGCCCUGCGAUUGCUACAAGUUGCGCGAUGUGACGCCGCUCACGGCUGUGAUCCACUGCGACCGUGUGGCCUUCCGCUUCUUCCCGCCGCUCCCGCUGGACGUCCCCCUACAUCUAGCUGUCUUCCGGCACACCGGUUAUCAAUCCCUCCCGCCGGAGCUCUUCACCGCCGGCUUCCGCCACGCCCACCUCACCGCCCUGGAUCUCGCGCACAAUGCUCUGCUUUCCCUCCCCAGCCACGCCUUCUCCGGGCUGGAAGACAGCCUCCUCUUCCUCAACCUCUCCAACAACAACCUCGGCUCCAGUUUCCAGCCGCAACUCGAUCUCCCGGAACUAAAAACCUUAACCAACCUCCAGUUCCUGGAUUUAUCCGGAAACGGGAUUAAGAUCCUGUCGGACGGUUUCUUCCAGGGAUUGCGCCAGCUCCGGGAAGUGUACUUCCGGGAUAAUGAACUCAUGGAUCUAUCUGCGUUCGCCGGACGCGAUUUGGCUGGACUGGAGGUUCUAGAUGUGACCGGAAACCGGGUGUUCCGGGUGGAGUCCCGGAAGUUAUCCCAAUUAAUCGGGUUGACGCGGCUGGUGUUGCGGGAUAAUUUUAUCGGGCAGCUGGGAGGUGGAGCGUUCGCCGGGACAAAGUUGCGUAGUUUAGAUUUGAGCGGUAACCGGUUGGCUUUCUUGGAGGAUGACGUCAUGGCGGGCGUGGAAAGCACUCUGGAGGAACUGGAUGUGUCCGGGAAUGCACUGCGGACCCUGCCGAAUUUCAGUCAGUUGGGGAAAUUGCGUAUGUUGAACUUGUCGAAUAACCAACUGGAAGAUUUGGAAACCGCGAAAGUGAACAUACCAUUAUCUCUGCAUAUUUUGGACAUUUCCGGCAACUUUUUCACCAGACUGUCCGUCAGUGAUUUCUCCGCCCUUUCCGGAUUAACGGAAUUUUAUCUUUCCCGCAAUUUUCUCGGCGUUCUGCAAAUUCAAUCGGGCAACACUUUCCCGAAUCUCAAAAUCCUCGAUCUCACCGCCACAAAUAUUUCCACAUUAUCUUCCAAUUUUUGGACGGCAUUCCCUAAUAUUACCGAUUUGGAACUGAGCUACAACAAUUUUCCUAGCGGAUUUGCAGGGCAAUCAUCCAGUCUCCAACGGUUAUCCUUACGGAAAUGCAAAAUUCAAAAACUGGAUAAAAAAUUCUUCGAAAAUUUCCGUUUAUCCAGUCUUGACCUUUCCGGCAAUUUCCUGGACAAUUUACCAAAUCUUCCAACAAACAUUUCGGAUUUAAAUUUAUCAUGGAAUAAAUUUAUUGUAAUUCCAUCUCUAGCGCAGACUCCACUGAUUAAUCUGGAUGUAAGCGGGAAUUUUAUUAACAACGUUUCUCUGGAUAAUCUUCCCAUGGCGUCCCUGGUGACCUUUAACAUUAGCCGCAAUAAAUUGGACACUUUGCCCUUAUUAACGUCGGAAGAGCAGCACCGUGAUUUCCUGGGCGACACACGCUCGAUGCCGGCGCAGAAUAGCGCCGUGACCUUUCCGUUGCAAAUUCUUGAUGCUUCGUUUAAUCAGAUUCAGAGUUUAGACCGUGUGUUGACCGGAUGGUCACAAUUGCGGAAAUUGUAUUUAGCCGGCAAUCGGAUCCAAAUGAUCACGAGCUUUUUUCUGAGUGACCUUUCCAAUUUAGAAGAGGUGGAUUUGGCGGGAAAUGGGCUGAGUAUGCUGGAGAAUCGGACGUUUUUACGCUUAGCGAGUCUGCAACGGAUUAAUUUGCGGAACAACCAGAUAAAGGUAUUCAAUGGUUUCGCGUUCGAUAUGUUGACCAAACUACAACACCUUGACCUUUCGUCUAACCAACUCCAGUCGGUCCAUCCCAAAAAUCCCUUCGAAAAAUUUCCCUCUUUAAAAACUGUAAUUUUAUCGGACAACAACCUGAAAGAAUUCGCGCUUCGCGAUUUUGUCGCUAACAGCAGCAUCGUCCGUCUGAUAAUGGAACACUGUCACCUCCUCCGGCUUUCGAUCGGCACCUUCGACAAUAUGGAGCAUCUACGCGAGCUGCGAUUAAACGACAAUAAUAUCGCCGAAAUGCAGGAAGGAUUAUUCAGCAGCACGCCGCAGCUGCAAAUCAUCGAUCUGCAGCGAAACGAUAUCAGUUCCCUGUCGGAGAAUGUGUUCCGGCAAAUACGAAGGCUCGAGUUGCUGGAUUUGGGAUACAAUAAACUGGAGAGUUUAAAAAGGAAUACCUUCGCGAAGGAGAAAAUCGACCGGUUGGAAAAUCUGAAUUUGGAAGGAAAUCGGUUAACGGAAAUCCCGAUCAAUGCCCUGUCUGACCAGGAAUUCAACCUGAUUUCGUUGAACCUAAAAUCCAACAAUAUCGCAAUCAUCCCUUCCGGUUCCCUCAUCAGCACCAAACACUUGAACAUCGCGUUCAACCCAUUAAAAGCCGACAGCAUCCGGCUGCUGCUCUCCGAACCGAAGUUGACCUUUGCGCUGGACCUAUCCGGUACCGGCUUGAGCGAUCUGCCGCCGCUGCAACUGCAGUUUUUAUCGGCACUGAACCUCUCGCAUAACCGACUGACCAGCUGCGGCGAUCCCGUGUCCUGGGAUCGCGCGGCGCUGUUAACCGUCCUUGACCUUUCCUUCAACUGGAUCUCCAGUAUGCAAGAAUCACAGUUAACGGUGGUCUUACCGAAACUGGCGUUUUUAAAGGUUCUGAAUUUAAGCAACAACCUCUUACGCAACAUCCGCGAGAACGACUUCGCCGGCCUGAUCAACCUGGACACCCUGGACGUCUCCAACCAGCCGCGCCUGGAGACUUUCGACAUCAGCAAUUUCAUGCAGCUACCACGUCUGCAAUCGCUCUUCAUCUACAACUACCCGCGUCUAAUCAACUUCCCGUUGGAAGAUAUCUCCUACCAACCGCUCUUCCUCCGCACCCUCCACGUCGAAAUCAAGAAACCCCUUCUCAAAGACGACCUUGACGGUUUCCUCACCCCCGGACUCCGGAGCCUCACCAUCACCGGGAAGUCGCUCCGGGAGGUGUCCCCGCGGGCGUUCCGUUCCCUAAACCCGAGCACUAUCUCCAUGUCCUUUGAGAACACCUCCCUGGAGACCCUUCCGGCGGCGGCAGUGUUCGGGCGCUUCCCUAGGAAUUCUAUGGUGGACUUCCGGUUAUCCGGGAGCCAGUUGGCCGGGAUGGAGCUGGCGGGGCUGCUGCAGAACGCCGAGGUGGAGCGCGGGGCGUGGCUGGUUGAGGGGAACCAGCUGGAUUGCACGUGCAAUGUCAGUCUGUUGCAGCCAGUGUGGAGGAGUGUCCGGGAGGCGGGGCCGGGUGUUCCGAAUGUGGUUUGUGAUGCGCCAGCGGGAUUUAGAGGGAAAAACGUCCUGUUUGUGGAGACAACGGAGGAGACGUGUGCGCAGAUGACAGAGCCGACGGAAAGGUCACCGGUGAUAAAGAAUGCGGCGAACGGGAACCGCGCGUCGAAAUCAGGCGGCAAUCGCGACGAUCGUCGACACUUUCAGCCGAGCGUCACCGAGCCGGAGAUCAUCUUCGAGGUGACCAGCCCCGCCUCCACCACUCCGGCCCCUCCCACCUACCGCAUGGAGGGCAUGAUCGCCGGCAUCAUUCUGGCUACCCUCCUCUUAACCGGCGCCAUCAUCCUAGCCAUCGUCUGCUGGAACCGCCGGGAGAAACAGCGGCGCCGGGCCCUCCUUCUCCAAUCCUCCCGCCACGGCUUAGCCUGCGAGUCGCAGUACGCCGUCUUCUCCAACCCCGACAUCGUGGCCCACCCCACCUGGUACCCCCCGCCCAAACCGGUGUUCGUCGUCCCGCUGUCCCCUAGCUUCGACCCCCACGGGGUGGCGGGCGGUGCGCUGUACCUGGCGCCGGACAGCGUCAGCAGCGCCCCCUCGGUGGACUAUACCGUGGAGCUGGGGGAGCCGACCAGUGAGUCGGAAUUCGGGGUGAUCGACGCCGGGGAAGUGGAGAUGGAUAGUCGGAUUACGUACUCGUAUAUGGAGGCCGGGGACACGACGGAUGAGGGGCCGUAUAGUGAGGAUUACUUCCCGGAUGAUGAUAGUGUGGAGGCGUCGUACAGGCAGGAACAAGCCUAUACGCGACGUUACCAAAUGCCAUAAAACAUUUUAUAUCGAUUACCAAUGUCGGUUGUAUGUUCAUGUAAAACUAACGAUUCUUGCGUGUAGAGUUUCCUAUGGUGACCUUUAGUCCUUUACUGCUCGUAGAUGUUGAACUGACCAUUCUGUGAUAACUGUGUUGUGGGUUUGAUACUCGUGUAAUUUUAAUGGAGGUAGUAAUUAACAACA